UCCUGUGUGUCAGCCAUUUUGAGAGAUAUCACUGGAAGUUUUCGCAGUUUUAUCGUGCAAAAUACGGGCUUUAAAAGUGUGUACGACUUGAAGAGGUGGAGAAAACUAUGAAUCCUACUAGGAAAGUUCCUGUGACCCGCUUGCCGCCCGGGCUGCCAACAGUGGUGAUGGGCGAUGGAACAAGAUGUCUGGUAGACAACAACACUAUCUGGAUACCAGCUGGUAAUCCUGUUAACCUCUCCCUGGGUCCUGGUUACCUACAGCCAAGACUCCUGCAACCUGGAGUUCAUCCAUCUGUGACUGGUAUCCCCCUGCCUCCUGCAGUCCAGGCACCACCUUGCAGUAGACGUAGGGAGAUGAUGCCUGUCUGCCAGCUGCCUGUCAGCCUGCCCAGUUCAGAGAUGGACCUACAGCUGAUGAGACCAGAGGAAAAAGAAGAAACCCACUGCUGAGCCCAGUAAGGAGUCCCUGCCCUCACGCAAGAGGAAGUGCCCAGAUGACAACAGCGAGGUGUCCCAAGCUGAAAAGCAGGCAAGACUGGAGGAGCCCCAGGACACUCUGGAGGACCUGGAAGCUCUCCUGGCUGAGUACAGCUCCAGUCUCUCGUCUGGCACCAGGGACUUCUUCUAAACACUGUAAGGGGCAGGGGACAGGUAGGUAUAGAUUAGUGUGUAGUAUAUAGGUUAAUAAUCGUACAUGGUGAUCUUUCUCUAAUCCUUUCAUUGUGCAGUUCAACUUCAACACAGUGAACUCGUGUUUUGACCAUCAGCUACCGUUUCUGUUUUAUCUACAAUCUACCGAAUCUAGUGCUAUUAUCUGUGUCUGGCCGUUUCGAGGUCUAUGGUGCUCUACCCCUUGUAUCUAUAUUCCUACUUUACCUUUAUGUCCUACAGUACCCUACUCUGUUGUUAACUAAUCUAAAUGUUCUAUGUCAUCUUCUACUCUACUCUGCUGUGUACUGUCACACUGUACCAUACCCUGCAUUGCCCAACUAUAUUCUCUUCUGUACUGUCCUUCGUAACUUUCUUCUACGCUGUACCUUCACCAAUCCUGCUUACGGAACUCUGUACUCGCCUAAUAAGCCUCAUCUGUACUGCCCUACCCCCUCUGAUGUCCUACCGUCCUCUGCACUGUCCUACUCUACCCUCCCCUGUACUCUCCUACCCUACCCUACUAUCCUCCUAUGUACUAUGCUACCCUGUACUCUACUAUUCUGUAGUGUCCUACUCUUUACUUUCCUACCCUGUACAGCCCUACUGUACUGUCCUACCCUGUACUGUCCUACUCUA